AUGCCAGCUACUCUUCUGUACAUUCGAUUGAACCAUGAUUGCUGUAUUCCCGUCCGUAUAUUUGUUAAUCGGAAACGAAUAUUACUGAGUAGCCGUGUUGCCAUCAACGAAAAAUCCAUCAUUGAGCUUUCAUCCAUUAACCUGAUUAGGCUCUCAAACUAUGACGUUACCAACCUUAUAUUCGAUAUCAAAACCAACCUCAAGGAAUUCCUCUUUGAUAUUCCCUUACCAGAGUUGUUUCCUCAGAAAUCGUUGCUUCGGUCCCUGAAAGUGGCUCGUGACUUGGGCGAACAUUGGAAAUGUAGAGUUGUGACUACUCUAGGAUAUAUUGCUGACCUACGUUACAAGUUGGGGCAUUUACAACAUGAUUAUCGGUUUUUGGAGGAGAAAAACAUUUCACUUUCGGGUACAGAUUCCAAUGAUGUUGCUCUCCUAACAAAGGAAAUUAAGUUUAGUUUCACGCCAGUUUUGAAGGAAGAAAAUGAAGAUGAAGGUGAAGAGGGAGGUGAUGAUAAGAAGGCACUCAAUUAUAAACUACAUCGAGCCAAGGUGUUGAGUUGUGGCUCCCUGAACUCGUUGGAUAUGUAUGUCCUACACCGCCCGCGUGGAUAA